AUGGGUCUUGUCCAUUUCGAGGACGGAAAGGUCCUCUUCUAUCCAUACACACCAUCCAAAGCCGCGGGCAUCAUAUUUCUGUUCUUGUUUGCUGGCAUCUCUUUAUACCACAUCUUCCUGAUACGAAAGUUCAAGACCAAAUACUUCAUCCCAAUGGUACUGGGAGGCAUAUGCGACACCUUCGGACACCUAGGCCGCGCCUGGGCCGGCUCCGCCCCCCUCUCCCCCAAACCCUUCAUGCUCCAACUCAUGCUCAUCCUCGUCGCCCCGGUCUUCAUCUCCGCCACAAUCUACAUCACCCUCGGCCGCCUCAAAGAAUCCCUCCUCGGCCACCCGCGACGCAAAUGCAGCCCGACGAGCAUCUUCAUCCUCACAGACAUCAUCAUGGAGAUUGGCGGGCACGUGGUGCUGGGCGGGCUGCUGUUCCAACUUUUUGUGCUGGUGGUGUACUUUGCGCUCGUUGUGAGGUUCCAGAGGGCGACGCAGAGGGAGGUGAUUUACGUGGAGCAUUGGAGGCGGUAUCUGUGGACGCUGGUGAUCUCUGUGGUGGCUGUUUGGGUGCGGAAUUUGGUGCGCGCGGCGGAGUUUGGGCAAGGCUGGUACGGGUUUGUGAAUCAGCACGAGGCGAUGAUGUACAUCUUUGACUCUUUUCUGAUGUUCUCGGUCAUGGUUGCGUUCGCUGUGUUCCACCCAGGACAGCUGAAUGAUUCGCAAGGAAGUAUGGCGAAGGGCAGGCAACGAGUUACAUCUGAGCAGGUGGUCAUGGGUCCGUUCGGAAACAUAGCUUAG